AUGCCAAAAGUUUCAAGGGGAACCUUACCCAAGGAAGCUGUUGAGCAUUUGAAGAAUUGGCUCUAUGAUCAUUUCCAGCAUCCAUAUCCAACGGAGGAUGAAAAGAGUCAGUUGGCGGAAGAAACCAAACUUACAACCACUCAGGUGAAUAAUUGGUUUAUUAAUGCGAGAAGAAGGCUUUGGAAACCAAUUAUUGAGAAGCAAACUCAGAAACAAGCAGCUGCUGAGGCUGCAAAUGCGUCCUCGGAAGGAAAAAAAGGUGAUGAGGCGAUACCAGUUGAAGAACCGUUGGAAAGGAAUAAGGAACAAGAGGGAGUUGAUGCUUCGAACCCAGAAGAAGGUAUGGCUAAAAAACAAAAACUGUCAGAUGUCGAUAAGGGUGAUGAUUCUGUGCUUCAACAAGUGCCAAUUUCCAAAAGAGAUGUUCAGCAAUUGUACGAAGAAAAUCAAAGAUUAAGACUGGAGGUGUUUUCUUUUCAUCAAAACAUGUAUCAUCAAAUUCUUGGUUCAGACCUUCCACGAUCAUUCAGGAAAGAAGGUAUCUCAAAUUUUCUUCAGAAUUGUAAACAAUCGGGAGCUUCACAACACAAUAAUGGCGUUCAAGCUCCAAACGUGGAGCCUUCUGAUGAACUGUUCCUUAUCGAUAAUCUCUAUACAACCAAAACAACAAUGCACAUACCUGUAAAGGUUUAUGUGGAUCAUAUCUUAUUUCCAGACUUGCCAUCUGUAAAAGAGAAUAGUAAUGCGGUGGAGUCGGCAUGUAGACCGGUUUCUCAUUCAGCCGCUGUGCCAUUUUCCAUGAUCCAUGACUCUGCAAGUAAAACCUUGAUGACUUUUGACAAGAAUCCCAAUAAUUCUGAGAGAGGUGUAUGCGAGAGCACUCCUGCGGUUAAAGAGAGAAAAGUCAUGCUACUGGAAUCACCUCCCCCCACCACUUCACGAUCCUCAUCCAAAUCAAGAAAGAAGAAAAGAUAG